CUUUAGUUGCGGCUUAGCCGCGCAUGGCGCGCGCCAACACCACCGCAAUGUCUUCCCACACAGCUACCAUAAACCCCUUACGCUUGGCUUUGAGCAAAUUCAAAGAAGGAAAACUGCCUGAAGGAUUCAGAAUUGAGGCCACCAAGAACCAGAAAGAUGACAACAAGCUGUUCGUAGGAGGACUCCACUACGGUGUUAGUAAGGAAACCCUCCUUAACUAUAUGUCUCAGUUUGGUGAGAUCUUGGACAUUUUGAUUAAACUCGAUCCAGAUACUGGGUUAUCCAGGGGAUUUGGAUUCGUACUUUUCAAAGAUAGUGACAGUGCCGAAAAGGUGCUCCAAGUAAAAGAGCACACACUUGAUGGGAAGAAAAUAGAUAUUAAAAGGGCAAGAGCAAUGGAAUCUAAAUAUCCCCCUAAGAAGGUCUUUGUAGGUGGCCUCAAUCCCCGUAUAUCUGAAGCAAAGAUCAGAGAGUACUUUGGGAGUUACGGAGAGAUUGAGAACAUUGAGCUUCCUGUGUGCCCCAAAACACAACAAAGAAGAGCUUUCUGUUUCAUCACUUACACUAGUGAGGUAUCAGUGAGAAAGCUGUUAGAAAGCAGGUACCAUCUAAUUGGCUCUGGACGAUGUGAAAUUAAAAUUGCCACCUCAAAAGAAAAUCUGAGAUUUCCACACAGGCAUUUAAGAGAUGUUCCAAUUGUGAGGUCAGACAACAUCCGUGGAAGUCGCUGUGCAUUUCAAGCAAGCCCAAAUACCUCUCAAACUCAUAAAACAACUCCAAAUGUGACCCCGGUGAUUCAAAAUGAUUGGCAGUUAGCUUCAAGUAUUUGGGCACCAAUUCCAGAUGAUUGCGGGGAAACCCCAGAUGUUUCUUGGGGAACCGCAGAAAUUUACCGCAAAGUGCCACACCUAUUACAAGAAAAUCCAGACGACUGUGAAACAAUUCCAUGCAGGCAAGGGGAAAACCCAACUCUUUGUGAGCCGAUCUCAAAAUGCUGGGGAACAACCCCCAAUGUUGGCAUGAUAAAUUCAGAUAUAUAUGGAGCAAGUGGCAAGGUGGAAAAUGCAAAUACUUUUCGAAGGAAUCCCUAUGCUUGUGUGGACAGCCCAAAUGAUUUCAGAGUUGAAUCACCAGUUUGUAUGGAACACCCAAAUGUUUUUGGAGCAAGUCCAGGUGUUUGCAUGGCAAGUCUAGAUGAUUUCGGGAGAAAUCCAACUAUUUGCAAUGAUGAUCUAAAUGAUUUCAGAACAAACUCUAUGACUUGGGCAAGCCCGUUUGUAGGGGGGGCAAUGAAAAAUUCUAGUAGGCCAAUGCACAGUGCUGUUGGAGCAAAUGACGAAGAUAGAUGCAUUUCUUCCAUGCUUUGUCCUGUUCCUCUCUCAGUAACCAAUGAAGGGAAAAACCUCCGUGAUCUAGUAUAUGAUAAUUACCAGUACAUCCAUAAUAAUUCUCCAAUUUUUAGUGCCCACAGUCAUUAUUUCUUUGAAUGUCACUGUGGGACUCAUGCAGGGGAAACACUUACUAAUUACAAUCUACAAAGCAAUGAGGUCACUUCCUCUAUUGAUAACAAAGGAUGUUAUCAGCUGUUCUAAACAAGAAGCUCAAAGCCAUUUAUGAAAAGACCUCCUGGGUUAUGGAAUGAAGAUUUUGUACUCUUAGAAAAUGACCAAAUGACUAAUAUUCUGAACUAUUGCCAGCUG